CCGGGGCGGGGCCAACCCGCUUUGGCGCGAAGUUUCGUCCUAAGGAGGGAGGGAAAGAGGAAGGAAGAGAGAGUCCUCGCGCUUCACAUCAGGAUUUUUUCUCCCUGGUGAAGAGGAGCAUUCAAAGGGGCAGAAAACAUGAACAGAAGAAGCCAGAGGAAACGCAUCUACACAUGGAUUGGGAAAGCCUUCUCUGUAGACAAACAAUUGCAGAUCUCCCAUUAUAGGGGAAUAGCUGUUAAAUCAGCAGAAAGUGUUGCUGUGAUCUGCAUUUUCCUUGGGGAAUUUAUUUUAAUAGAAUCUGAGGAUACAAAUGAACUGCUUGUGGCAAGACUCAUAAAAUUAUAUGAAGAUGCUGCUCAGGAAAAGCAUGCAAUUGUGGAAUGGUUCACUCACAUUGUGGAUAUACCUCUCAAACAGCGGUUGUCUUUGGGACAAGAGGCUCCUCAUGAGAUAUUUUUAAAUAAAAACACUGAACAAGAUACCAGCAUACUCGUUACAUCUAUUAUUAGUAAUGUUACGGUUGUUCCAUUAUCCCCAUGGGAAACGUUGCCUGCUGGGUUAAAUGAUGAAAAAAUCUUCUUCAUAAGAAAAUGCUGGGAUGGAAAGAGAUUUAAGCCAUUACCACCCGGUGUCCUGGCAGAGUUAAAAGACUCUGUGAAAUUGAAGAGUAGCGACAUGGAUUUUGCUACUGAGUGCCACCUGACUCCCUCACGCACUGUUUGCCCCCUGUCAGCAGAACCUGAACAGGUCAUUCAGAGUAUUAGAGAUGACGUGAAGAUCACCCCAGAAGUGGAAUCAAGACACUCAGCCUCAAAGUCUUCCCUGGCCAAGCGGAGAUACUCCCAGAGAAUAGCCAGUGGCAACCAUACCCCUGCAGUAAAGAAGAAACUACAGCUGAACAGUCCUACAAAUUCUCCCAGAAGCAGAUUUGCAGAACGUGAAAUAAUUGAGCUCUUAGACUCUGAUUUCAUUGAGCCUUUGAAGAGAUCAACUAUGAAACGAAAAGUGACAUUCAGUGACAUCAAGGGUUCUCCCUCAAAAAUACCUUUUGCUCAUGAUGAAGGAGAUCCAUUUCUAGACAUCAAACCCCUAGAAGACACAUCUGAAAGAGUUAAUGGAAACCUUUCGUCUCCAUGCAAGAGGAACAAAGAUGACCAUUCAAAAAAUAGGCAUUCAAUUGUGAAAAAGUGUGCCACAAAUGGUAUAGGCAAACAGGAUAAGAAGUGCAAGACAGCCAUAGAUCUGGAAGACUCUGAGAAAGAAGCAGUAAUUCCUGCAAGGAAAUUUAAGAAUCAGCAGAGUUUAUGCGAAGAUCAGGAAUUCAGAUCUAGAAGUCCAGCACUGACUCCACGGUCACGCAGAAAAUGUGCACGGAAAACUGCUAUUCGUAUUUCACAACAACUUGGUGUUUUAAAAACAGAUAAAGAUGAGAACGAUGAGGAGAGCUAUCUUCCUCAUUCAGAAAGUUCUGAUUCUGAGAGCAGUGAUGAGGAAGAAGAAGACAGAAGGGUGCUUCAUACACCUAAGAGACAACUGAGAUCUGCUUCAAAAAAUUUGAGGAAAUCGCCUCAUAGAAAAUCUGACAAGGACCCGAGCAAAACUCCUGAGCCAAGAACUCCCAAGGCACCACGGGACGCUACACCCAGGAUUCGAGUGCGAAAUCAAACCACUCCAAAGCCAGCCAAUGCACUUGAAGAGGCUAGAGUGAGGCUACAUGUAUCUGCUGUCCCAGAGUCCUUGCCUUGUCGUGAAAAAGAGUUCCAGGAUAUCUGUAACUUUAUAGAAAGCAAACUUAUUGAUCAGACAGGCGGGUGUAUGUACAUUUCUGGAGUUCCUGGUACAGGCAAAACAGCAACUGUUCAUGAGGUCAUUCAAUAUCUACAGAAGGCUGCAGAAAACGAUGAGCUACCAUCUUUUCAGUUUAUAGAGAUCAAUGGCAUGAAGUUGACAGAUCCACACCAAGCCUAUGUGCAGAUCUUAAAGUUAUUGACAGGCCAGAAGGCAACUGCAAGCCAUGCUGCUGAGCUCCUGGAGAAGAUGUUCUGCAAGUCUGGAUCUAAAAGGGAAACUAUAGUACUUGUGGUAGAUGAGCUUGACCUCUUGUGGACCAGAAAACAAAAUGUGAUGUACAAUCUCUUUGACUGGCCAACCCAAAAAAAUGCCAGGCUGAUCGUUUUAGCCAUCGCUAACACUAUGGAUUUGCCAGAGAGAAUCAUGAUGAACAGAGUAGCCAGCAGGCUGGGUCUUACCAGAAUGUCUUUCCAGCCAUAUACCUUCAAACAGCUACAGAAGAUUAUCUCAUCCAGGAUGGGCCAAUUGAAAGCAUUUGAGGAGGAUGCAAUUCAGCUUGUUUCCAGAAAGGUUGCGGCAUUAUCUGGUGAUGCGAGGCGUUGCCUUGAUAUCUGCAGAAGGGCCACAGAGAUCUGCGAACAGAAAAGUGACUCGGGACUUGUUGGCAUGGCACACGUUAUGGAAGCCAUAGAUGAAAUGUUCUCAUCUUCUUAUAUAAGCGCAAUUCGGAACGCAUCCCUACAGGAGCAAAUCUUCCUAAAAGCAAUAAUUGCGGAAUUUCGCAGAUCAGGACUGGAGGAGGCUACAGUUCAACAGAUAUUUCACCAGCAUGUUGCACUGAGUAGAAUUGAAGGCCUGCAAACUCCCAACCUAUCAGACAUAAUGGCAAUUGCCUCGCGGCUUGGUGCUUGUAGGAUUUUGCUAUCCGAAUCCAGUCAUAAGUAUCUUCACAUGCGAGUCCGACUUAAUGUUAGCCAGGAUGACGUUAUGUAUGCUCUCAAGGAAGAAUGAAGCCAACUGUGCCCUGGUGGCAACACAUUUGUAUUAAAUGUCAAAGAUGUUUAUUUUAAGUAAUUGUGCUGAUUAAACUAACAUGUAGUUAAUCUUAAAA